CACUUCUUCUACACUCCUCCGUCUCUUCCCUCUUCCUUUCUCAACUCCCUUUCUUUCAAGCUUUUCCUUGGAGACCUUUCGAGGAGCUCCGUAAAGAAGAAAAGAUAAAGAAGGAGAAGAAGAUGUUGCUGGGGAAGAGGCAAAGGCCAACAAUGAAGAGAACAACAAGCAUGACGAAGAUCACUUUUGAUCUCAACGCAAACAACGCUGAAGCUCCGUCGUCUGAUCCACAUAACCCUUUUAACAACUACCCAAAACAAGCCGCCGACCUUUUCGGUGAUGUUUGGGGUCCACAGAUACAGGCUAAUGGUGGUGGUGGUGGUGGUGGUGGUGUUGGGGGUGGUAACCGCCUUGAGAGGUUGGAUCAACGAUUGUUGGCGACGGUGUCACCUAGAGUUAAUAGAAGGCAUUCAGCUGAUUUUAUGGAAACCCCUCAUUUCUUAAGGUCUUGUGGUCUUUGCAGACGUCGCCUGGUUCCUGGCCGUGAUAUCUACAUGUAUAGGGGUGAUAGUGCAUUUUGCAGCCUAGAGUGCAGGCAACAGCAGAUGAACCAAGACGAAAAAAAGGAGAAGUGUUCGAUAGCAUCCAAGAAACAAGCCACCGCCUCUUCUACCGCCAGAUCAGGCGUCUCUGCCAAAGGCAAUACGGUUGCCGCCGUAUAGAUAUUAAUCAAUGUUGCACAAAGGGGUUUUACCCAAUCUCAAAUUCCAUCGUACUAGAAGGAAUUAAUAUAAGGGAAGUGCAAGUUUAACUUUGUAUAAUGCCAGAUGGGGUAAAGCUUUUGGACAUGUUAUUUUAUGUGAAUCAAGAAAAAAAAAAACCUUAUAAAAAAAUUGAAAUCUGUACUUCUUCCUAGUGGCCUUUUAAUCUCUUGUUAUCUUUUGGUAGUAAUGGAAGAAAAACAUUGCAGAUCUUCACAAAAUUUCAUUGAUCUCCAAUAUUAUGUUCUUUUGGCAGUCUUAUAGUGAAUGGCUUCAUUGCA